AUGGCAGCGCCGUUCCCCAACCUGUACACCCUUCGAAAGGUUGCCGAAUCGGCUGCCAAAGGAUGCGAUGUUUGUUACAAGCCCAGCUCGUCUGUGCUCAUUACGCCGGACAAAAAGGACUUCUUCUAUAUCUGCCCUGCCCACCUCAAGGACCGGUACUUUUGUACUCCUAAGAUUGACGAGGAUGCGGUCAAGGCCAAGCGGGAAAAGGAGCUGGCUGAAGAGAAGGAGAGGCUAGUCAAAGAGUAUCAAGAGAAGCAGCGCAAGAAGAAGGAGAAGGAGAAGGAGAAAGACAAGGAGAAAGACAAGGAGAAAGACAAGGAUAAGAACAAAGAGAAAGACAAGGACGAAGACAAGGACAAGAGCAAAGAAAAGGAGGAGAAUCAGAAGAACAGUGGUGGUGAGACACCAAAGCAAGAGGAUGAGCCUCGUGUCUUUGAACUCAAAAUUGCCUUCUAUCAACAGCGACUACAGCGCAAACGCCAAGCAGAAGCCGCCAAAAGGGACCGCGAGAGGGCUUCUCAACCAAAUUACUUCCCGUCCGUACCAACAGAGCCGCCAAGAAAGUAG